GGUGUCGCGCAGUGGAAUUGGGUGGUGUUUCCCCCAGCCUCCAUCUACUGGAACGUGAUCGUCCCCAUCUGGGACAUCCGCGACAAAACCGCCACGGGGCCAAUGAUGGGAUGCCAGGCAGGCGGUGUCAUGGAGCGAUCAGCUGUAGCUUCGUUGCAAGCCGCGCUACCGUCCGCGAACGCCGUUAUCUUCAUCUACGAUGCGACCACGACUAAUCGGGCUGGCCAGGUUAUCACCUCGUCGAAUAUCGAUGCGAUCCAUCCCGUUUACAUUGACUUCUAUAACAAGACGACUUGUAAGUUGCUGGGAUAAGACGCAUAGAUUGCUUGUGAAUUGGAGCGCACCACAGACACCUUGUCGCGUUCUAGCUUACCUUGACAACAACCCCGUUCCGGCUGUUGACCAUAUCGGCAAAUUCAUCCAGUCUCGAUAUCCAGUAUUGAGCGACAUGCCGACCGAUGUGUUAGAAUUCAAGGCCAAUCUGGGUGGUGAAGAUUGGUACAUUGCCACCAAACCUCUUCACCUCGGCCCCGGGAGCGUAUCAGCCGGCAGCCGCUGGCAGCUCGUCAUCGCCUUCCCGCGCUCCGACUUCUUUUAUCGCAUCGAUCAGUCCAUCCGGAAUAGCAUCAUCGUCAUCGCCGUAUGCAGUACGGUCGGCUUACUGGCCGCCGCCGCCGUGUCCUUCGUCAUCACGGUGCCACUGCAACGCCUCGCGCACAGGAUGACUGAAGUGACGAACCUGAAAUUUAGCGCAUUGGAGAAUGGAAAGCUGCAAGCUCGAAGCUUACUGCGUGAGAUUGGAUCUUUAGAAAACACGUUCGCGGUGAUGGUCAGAGCUUUCGCCGCUGGUAUCCGCAAGAACUCCGAGAUGACGAAUAAAAUGCGAUCGGCCACCAGUGGGCCCAGAUCGAGCAAUGGCCCGUACGUUGUCGGAAACGGGAAGCGGAGCGGACAAGGUUCCGAACAGCCUAAAUAGUGCCAGGAUCACGCCCGUAUUUCGUAUAUCACUGCGUAAUUAACCUCAUCAACAUGGCUCGCAAGCCGAGACUGCUCUAUCGAUACCCUCAGAUCUUCCUGAAAGCGGAUUCAAAGAACAUGUAUAUGCACAUCGUAACCACAACCUAAUGACAACGCAAGCGGAACUUAGAUAUGACAACUUGACGGGGUGUACCUAAUCUACAUGCCUUCGAGAAAACCGUUUGGGGACUCCGUAGCAUGAUCUGGUAGUCAGUCUGCUGCAUGUUCGACAUGCCGAUGGAAGUGGGCGCAAUCUGCCGCGUAGUGCUUCACCGCACAAUCACUUCGAAAGAUCUUGGUCACACCGUCCGACGUCCUGCCGCCGGAGCUAAGUAGAGAUCUUCAUUUCUCUCAGCUUCUCCUCGCGAUUC